GUUAAACUUAGAAUAUAGGCUCAGGUUUUGUUUUGCUUUGCUUUUAGGUGACACCUCAAAUCUCUAUCUCAAGCUGUGGCAAAUAACGGUACAAACUACAAAGUAUACAAUUUUAACCAAGGGAAUCAAUCACCCCUCAACUGAAAAACAAUGUCUGAGGAUAAUGAAAAUGAUGUUUACACAAAAGAUGGAACAGUAGAUUACAAAGGAAAUCCAGCAAACAAAAAUGAAACUGGUACCUGGAGAGCAUGCCCCUUUAUUUUAGGAAAUGAGUGUAGUGAGAGACUGGCUUACUAUGGGAUGAGUUCAAAUUUGGUGGUUUAUUUUAAGGAUAUACUAAAUCAGGAAAGUGCUACUGCUUCCAAGAAUAAUGCAAACUGGGGUGGAACAUGCUAUAUCACUCCAUUGAUUGGAGCAUUCCUGGCUGAUGCUUAUCUUGGAAGAUAUUGGACCAUUCUUUGUUUCUCAAUCAUUUAUGUUAUUGGAAUGACACUGUUAACACUAUCUGCAUCAGUUCCUGGCUUAAGACCAACCUGUCAUGAAGGAAAUUGCAAUGCUACUAAUGGACAAAGUGCAGUGUUCUUUGUUGCUCUUUACAUCAUAGCACUUGGCACUGGUGGGAUCAAGCCUUGUGUUUCUUCUUAUGGCGCCGAUCAGUUCGAUGAUGCUGAUGAGGUUGAGAAGGGACACAAGAGCUCUUUCUUCAACUGGUUCUAUUUCUCAAUCAACAUUGGUGCUCUUGUUGCUUCUUCUCUUAUAGUUUGGAUCCAAGACAAUAAAAGUUGGGGAUGGGGAUUUGGAAUUCCAGCAGUGGCUAUGGCGAUAGCUGCUGCGAGUUUCUUUUUAGGUACAAAGCUGUAUAGGAAUCAGAAGCCGGCUGGCAGCCCCUUCACUCGAAUGUUUCAGGUGAUAGUUUCAUCCAUAAGGAAGUACAAUGUUGAAGUGCCUCAUGAUGAGUCCCUCUUAUAUGAGAUUCCAGACAAUGAGUCUGCUAUCCAAGGUUGCCGCAAGCUCCACCACACCAAUGGAUUAAGAUUCUUUGACAGAGCAGCAGUACUAGGAAAAUCAGAAAAUAUGACUGAAUCAGCAAAUCCAUGGAAGCUUUGCACAGUAACACAAGUAGAAGAGUUUAAAGCCAUAGUAAGGUUGCUUCCAAUAUGGGCCACUGGGAUAAUAUUUGCUACUGUCUAUGGUCAAAUGAGCUCUUACUUUGUGAUACAAGGCCAAACCAUGGAUGCUCACAUGGGAAACUUCGAGAUCCCGGUGGCGUCUCUUUCCAUCUUCGACACAAUCAGUGUCAUCUUCUGGGUGCCAGUGUACGACCGGAUCAUAGUGCCAAUAGCCAGAAAAUUCACCGGCCGAAAAAACGGCCUAACGCAGCUUCAGAGAAUGGGAAUAGGCCUAUUCAUAUCAAUAUUCUCAAUGGUCUCUGCUGCAACAUUGGAAUACAUAAGACUGAGAAUGGUUUACAGGCAUGACUAUUAUAAACUUGAACAUGUCCCUAUGUCAAUCUUUUGGCAGGUUCCACAGUAUUUCAUUAUUGGUUGCGCCGAGGUCUUCACAUUCAUUGGACAGUUGGAGUUCUUCUAUGAGCAGGCGCCGGACGCAAUGAGAAGCAUGUGUUCUGCACUUUCUCUUCUUACAGUUGCUCUUGGACAGUAUGUGAGCUCUCUUCUUAUAACCAUUGUGACAAAGGUCACCACUAGGAAUGGUGGUCCUGGAUGGCUGCCGGACAAUCCUAACUUCGGCCGCCUCGAUUAUUUCUUCUGGAUGCUAACAGUGCUGAGUGUGGUGAACAUGAUUGCUUUCUUUCUGAUAUCACAGAUGUAUACAUACAAAGUAUCCGUCGGAACGCUUCGCUGAAAAAUCAAUCGAAUUGCAUUGCAUAUUUGGUGUUUGCAACAA